UCCUGAAGAGUCCUUCACUAUAAAUAACACGAAACUUACAUUACUACAUUGCGUCAACCAAAUUCAACCAUCUUCAUUAGCUAUCAUUAGUAAAAAUAAACUCAUUAAUUUCACAAAUGUAUCUACUUACUAAUUAUGAUAUAAUUGCGACUAGUACUACAGCAUUCUUGUCCAUUGAUUUCAGUGUACGUUGUGAAGUUGUGAAAAUGGUGCGCCGUAGUUUUGCAGUUAUUUUGAUUGUUUCCCUGUUCUGUAACGCAUUCUGCGUGCCAGCUGUGGGAUACAGAAGGCGACGGGGACCCGAAGAUAAUAGCAUCGUUAUACCCGUCACCGAAAUUAGUGACGAUACAGCUCCGAUUAUAGUUUCAACAUCGAGCUCUACUUCAGUAUCAGUAAGCCCCAACGAUGAUGACGACGAUGACGAUGAUGAUGACUUUGGAACACCCAGUCAAGGAACCUCAAGUGGAGGUGGUGGCAGCAACUUGUUUAGUUUGCUGAACCUCGCCACUUCUCUCAUGCCUGCGUCCGGGUCUGGUGGCAAUACCAACCAGUUAAACUUCCAGGUGAAAAAUAACAACAAAAUCGUUAAAAAGUUAAUACAGGACUUUAUACGAAUAAAUCGUAAUCAAAUCAAACUGGUACAGAGACGUAAAGACGUUGCAGACAAUGUUAUAGAUAUCGACUACACAGAUAUAAAACCUCCUCCGUUACAAAAACUUGAAGAACUUGAUGAAGCUGAUGACGAUGAGAGUGGUGACAGUGACUCUGAAGGCUCCGAUGAGGAUAACGGUGCAGAGGAGAGUGUGGAGAAAGAGAGUAAUGAAAAUAGAGAAUCUAAACAAGAUUCUACUUCAGCUAGUGACGCUGAUGAUGAUGAUAAUGACUCGGAUUACGAUGAGCCACCUGAAGGAGAUGGUCAGGGAGGUGGAAUACUAGGUCUCCUUGCCGGAUUAAGUGGCGACGGUGAUUCUGAUCUGGGAUCUUUAUUAGCGACUGUGGGUGGAAUUGUGGCCAACUUGAGCGGAGAUGGUAUCGAUGUAAACGCUUUAAUAGCAACAGGGUUGGGUCUUUUCGUUGGCUUACUGUCUGAAGGCAAUCAGAAUCCUGGAGAAAUAAUCGGCGAAUAUCUUCUGACGUCACUUGACACUAUCACAGGAGGGGGAGCGCAAAACAAUGGCGCAUUCUUUGGCAAGUUCUUGUCCACGUUAAUAAAAGGGACGAGUGCGGCUGGUGAUCCUGAUGCGUCAGGCUCUAGUGAAGAUGGCCCCAAGAUGGCGGACUCAGCUGGCUUCUUUGCCAGCCUACUGAUGGGACUACUCGGAGAAAUGUCGAAAACUAGUUCUGGAAGCAGUUGGCGAUAGAAAAAAUAAAUUAAAUUAAAUUAAUGAAUUUUAGAAUAAUAAGGAAAUGUUAAUACCCAGUUUAAAGUGACAAUAGAUUUUUAUUCUGUGUAAAGUGUAAAAAAGAAGACAUUAUUAACAAUUUUUAAUUUUUAUUUAUUUUUUAGGGAACUAAAAUAUAUUUAGGGAACUAAUCGUUGAAUU